UCUUCCCAUGGCACAGAGAGGUGAGGGGGGGGAAGUGAACAGCGAUGAAGGGAGGGUUGGGCACUCGGACCACAGGGGUGGUGGUGGUUCUAAGGGCGGUGGGAUGGAUGAGUUGUCGACGGGAGGGGAUGAGUCGGCAGCUCAAGCGAUGUCAGGGAAGGGGGAAGUGCUGACAGAGAGACCUCGGGAGGAAGGGAAAAAGAGGUCGGGUGGAGACGUUGAAGUUGGAGACUCACGUCAGACAAGGGAAGUGCUAUCUAAGAAUGUACAGCAGACAUCCGAGGAUGCACAACGGACAGAGGCUGAGGUCUCUGGGGGAAAGGGUGGAUGGCCUGAGGGCAAGAGGGGUCAGGAGGGUAUUGCGCACGCGGGGGGGGAAAGUGUGUCGCGAAGGGGGGAAACGGCGGUGGGUGACUUGGAAAAAGGCGUGUCUUCAAGUCUAGCAAAAGGGCUGACGCACAUCACGGGAGAUCGGGGCAGAGAGAUGUGGGAGAGUCAUGUCCCUGCGAGUCGGGGAAGGAGUCUGACGAGAGGCUCGGGGGCAGGGGAAAGGCGCCUAAGCGCAGAUCAGAGGAUGGCAAUGGAGGCAAUGGCAAUGCCAGGGUUUCACGCGUUAGCGCCGCGAAGUGAUGGGGGAGGCAAAGUGCCCAUGAAGGAGGAAGAAAAGCGCAAGAGGGGGGCUGGUGCCCAGGUGGAGGAAGAUGGUAGAGGGAGCAGUGCCUCGGACGAGGGUGGUGGAGGGGAUGGAGAGUCCCUUGGUGGGCAGCCACCGGGUGGGGGGAAGGGUGAAAGAGGUCCCGGGUACAAUUGUGAUGAGGAAAAGAAAUACCGCGGGCAGAAGGAAAGAAAGCAGAGCCAAAUCCCGGGAUCAAGGCAGACUCUCGGGGGGGCUGGGGGAAAGGGAAAACAAUCAUCACACGAGAACAUCGAAGACGACUCGGAGGGUGGGAUUGUAGAGGAGGAGGGGGGCCGAUCGGUGGUGCACAACACCGAGGGUGAUGGCCUCGCGACGGGGAGCGUCUCGUCCAACCACGGGAUUUUCCAGAAGUAG